GCAUGGCGCUAGCUGAAAUUGUAUCCAGUUAACAAACUAACCAGGCUAGGAGAAAAACGUCCAUCGGGAACACAUAAAAGGGCAACGAAUUUAAAAACGAUUUGGUAUAAUCCGAGAUCUUACUUUUUCAAAAUUUCAGGUAUGAAUGAGCUGAAGGCUACUCUGCGAGAUCUGGAACAACGCUAUUUACUCUUCAAACAGCAACAAUUCACAUUUGUUGCAGCUCUGGACCACACACGUGAGAACGCCCACGACAAGACCAAGCCUGUGUCUACUCUUUCACAGGUUCAAAAUUACCUGGACCAUUACUGUAACAAUUCAACAGACAAGCGAAUCCUGAUCAUGUUCCUGGAUCUUUGCAAAGAUCUGAGUGAAUUUUGUAGUCAACUUGAGGAUAUAAAUCCCAAAGCUUGCUCACCUGAUGAUAGGCUGGAAAAAUGCAAACUCCUUCUCAGCUGCAACAAUGACAUGUCCAACAUUCGAGCCAAAUAUCCUCACGAUGAAGUGAAUCACCUGAGCUGUGAUGAAUCAAAGCACCACUAUGGUGCUGUGAUCAGUGUCUUGCCGGUUGCUUUAGACUUGUUAAGGGAAGGUAUUGGCGUCAUUGAAUCAGCCCAAUACGAAGCUGCGAGAAAUAACAGGUUCUGAUUCAUCUUCUUGAAUAUAACUGAUGCAGCCCAUUUCAGAGGGCAAUUAAGUGUCAUCUGUAUUGCUGUGGAUCUGGUGUCAAAUGUGGACCGGACCAGGUAAGGGCAGCAGAUUUCCCUCCCUACAGGUCAUUAAUGAAUAAGGUGUCUUUUUUAUAAUAAUCUAGCAGCAUUAUGGUCACUGCUACAGGUGACAUUCAGUAGCAUCUUAGCUAACUACUAUGCUAACCUUUAUUUCAGGUUUAUUGAUCAAGCUGAAUUUUAAUUCUUUAAUUGCCAUGCUGGGAUUGUCAAUUAUGUCACCAAAUUAUUAGCUCAGAACUCUAUAUUAAUAGACCAGUAAAAAAUAAGCCACUUAUAUUAUUCCACCUAACAGACAUGUGGCAAAAAUGGAUAAAUAAUGUUGAGGUAUAGAGUACUUAUGCACUGGAGGGGCCAAAUAUCCUUCCCUUGUUUGUAAAGUUCCUAAUGUACCUUGGGAAUUCAAAAUAUACACAGUAGUCUAACAUCUCUUGUAAGGAAUCAUGUUGUUAUACAUAUCUAGUGACACUUUAAUGGAUUUUGUUUUGUUUUUGUUUUCUCAGCUCACUUUGGAGACCAAACUAUUCUUGAGUACUAGCCCAGAAAUGAUUGUGUUCUCAGAAUUUGAGUUAGCCAAUCCUAGAUAAAAAAGUAAGGACCAGUGGUCUUUAUGCAAGCAAUUGCUGGUAUUUUUCAACAAUAACUAAGUUAAAGAAGCACUGAGUGGAGGUUAUGAGUAGAUGCAAUGCCACAAUUGACUAAGAAUCAAUUAGUUGAACAAAAAAGACUCAAACAUAUGCAAUAUUCUACAAUAUUAAAAAAGUGAGUAAUUUGUAUACAUUUUCUAAACAUUCUUUUAUUUGAUUUUUCAUUCUCUUUCAGGCUAAUAACAAGGAGACAGAUCCACAUAGUAUUUCAUAUUUACCAAAAUGACCACACAAUUUUCUACAUGCUUGUUUACAAAAAUUGAUGUAUUUCUGUGGGGAGGUGUGCUGCCUACAUUUACUAAUGGGAUUUGCUAGGCUUAGCGUACUGCUCCUAAUUCAUUUUCCUUACUCCUUUCUUAUGCUGCAAUUCUAAUGUCAGCAUCCACAGAGUACUGGAGCAUUUAAAAUUGUCAUAUUAAUACAAAUUCACAUUCUCUUCUAGAUUAAAGAUUGUCCUAUUUUCAAGAGCUGCUUGAGUUUGAUCUCUGAAGUACGAAAUCGUAAACAGCGGCAGAAUAGAGGUUUAUAUUGUCAAACACAUCCACUGUCUUGUCCAAAGGAUCAAAUCCUUCUGCUUCAACCUGUAGGGAAAAGAAAUGAAGUACAAUAAUUUUACAGUGAAUUAAUAAAUUAAGAAUCAUCUAGGUGGGUAGUUCCUGCAAUCUUCAUAGAAACUAAUACAAUGCCUGCAAACUUUGAUAUGUGAAAACAGUAAAUACAACUGUCAAAGAUUAGCAAAUGCUUGAUAAAUUUGAAUGACAAACAGGAUUAACAAUUCUAAAGACCUUUCUUUUUUUUGUGAUCAGACAAAUUAGGAAUGUUAGCACUGGAAAAUGAAUGUUUUAUAAUCUGGCUACCUGGACCAGCAAAUAAAAGCAUAGAAGGUUCAACACAGAUCGAGGGAAAAGUUUUCUAAACGUGUGUAGCCAUUAUCGUGAGCUACAUAAAAAUAUCCUUUACUGUAUUUGGAAUUUUUAUUUUCUAUAUCAACCACUCCAAUUUUGUUUUGCUUUAUCUAAAUUUGUUCACGGAUUGUGGGAGUUAUUGAUUAGGCCAGCAUUUAUUUCCAAUUUACUUCACUAACUGCUGUGGAUAAAAUAGUAGUGAACUGCAUGCUUGAACUGCUGCAGUCCUUAUAGCAUGGUGACACCCAGAGUGUCUUUAAGCUAGUGAGGUCCAUGCCUGCUGCAAUUGGUUUGAGGAGCUCAAAUUUAUUUCAUGUAGGCUCAUUACAGAAAACAAACAGAAAGAAACUUAAUCCCAUUAUUCUGGGCUGAGUAUGCUAUCAAGACUUAUGGAGAAAUGAUGUGUAGCAAUGACAUAGUUUAAUAACAUGGCUAUAACAGCAUUUAUUGCCAAUCCCGAAUCACCCAGGGGACUGUUAAAAAUCAACCACGUUCCUGUGGAUCUGGAGUCAAAUGUACACCAAACCAGGUAAGGAUAGCAGACUACCCUCCUGAAAGGACGCCAGUGAACCAGAUGGAUUGAUGUGACAACGGAUACAUGGUUGCUAUUAGGCUAGCUUUUUAUUCCUUUUUUUCAUUAAUUCAAUUCAGAUUUUAUUAUCUGGCAUGGCAGGAUUCAAAUCCACAUCCUCAAAACAUUAAUCUGGGGUUCUGGAUUACAAAUCCAGAUAUACCAGAUACCAUCAUUUCCCCUUCCAUCGCACCAUCCUCUCUCCCAUUUUUGUAAUUAAAAUCCAGGCACUCACCAGGUAUGUAUUUGAGAGAAAUCUGUGAUAUAAAUUCACUUUUAAAAUAUGUGAAUCACAGAAUUGUUUCAGCGCAGCAGAAGUCAUUCAACUCAUCUUGUCCAGCUCCGCUGCCUUCUCCCUGUAACCCUGCACAUUCAUCCUUGAAUACCCCAACUGAACAUGAUUCAAGCAUGCUCUCAGGCAGUGCAUGCCGGAUCUUAACCAGUUACUGCAUGAAAAUAGUUUCUUUUUUCAUGCUGUUUUUGCUUCUUUUAUGGAAAUAUGUGUUUAAUUAAAUUUUACAAUAUCUGUGCUGAUGCUAUUUAUGUUUUAUGUUAAGUAACUAUUAUUUUUCAAUGUUUUUCUUCCUUUAGCCAUGCUACAUCAUAUAAGCUUGUGAAAAACAAGAACACACAGAAUGGUCUGUAACUGGAUGUUAGGAAGUACACUAAAUAAGGGUGAUCCCAGUUUUAGCCGGUCAUCUUCCUCCUCAUCAUGGGUGAGAUCCUGUAUGGUGGCUGGUUUAUUCUCCUUUGGAAGAUUACUAGAGAUACUGAAGAAAGAUUUUGACUUAUGAGGUUAACUUGCCAAACAUGUAGGCAAAGUUCAGAGCAGGUAGUUUGUUUAAUUCACUGUCUAGGGAUCACAAUAGGGAAACCAAGAAAAGAAUCAAAGAAAGGAAAAUGGCGAGUGCAUCACUAAAAAUGUCUAAGAUGUAGGUUUUAGAUUGAUUAAAUAAACUAAAAAUGCAUUUGUUACUGGAUUGUUUUUGAAAUCAUUAAAGUAUUAUUAUAUUGGAUAAUUAAGCCUGGUCUUGCAACAAUUAAUUUAAAUUAUAAAGAUAGAGGAAAAUAAAAAUAUAAGAAGUAAAAGAAAACAUUUUAACUUUCAAACAUCUAGGUAAUCUGUUAUCUUAAAGACCACAUGACAUUUGGGAUCAAGUAACAGCUGAUACUGGUAACAUAGGAGAGUUCCUUAUUGUUUGGCAUAUAAAUAUAUCAGGUAUUAUAUUUGAAUUGCCCUUUUAAGCUAAUAUGAAUUAUUGUGAAGUUGAUAUAGUACUUGUGGAUUGGAAGGCAGGAUGUUAGGAUUUGAUGUUUAUAAAAUAACAGGGGAAGAGUACAUGGUCCCUUUAAAAGAUGAUGUAUAUUUUAUUGGCUUUGAGAUUGAAAAAAAACAUGUGGGGGUGCACAGAGAGCUCCUGAAAUUGAAACACUGUAUCAAAUGUUGGUUCAAAACCCAGGAAGUAAUCUUGUUUUGUUAGCGAGGCAACCAGACUGACUAUCAACCAAUUAAUUUAAAUCAGGCACUUAGAAACUAAAAACCAACUAAAUGUAAAUCUGAUGGUUUUGACAACCUAGGACCAAUCUAUUGUAAGAAAUUGAUAGGUCAUCAAGGAUAAAAAAGAAGAGGGCAUUCAAAAGUCGGUGAGAGAGCAGUUGCCGUCUGUUAAAGUUAACCAGCACCAAACAGAAAAUCACUGGUUCUCACAAAAUUCUAUAAGUUCUCAGAAAACUAUCACGUAAACUAAAGGUACAGCAGUAGUCUUAGUUAAUAUUCCUGACACUAGAAUUUGACAGAGAAAGGCAUUCCUGACUGAGCAACAGAGCAGAGAAGGCAGUGAACAUUCUAGAAGGCGUAUCCUGGCUGUAAUUUUAAGACAAUACGUUUUAAGUUUUCUUUAUUUAUCGUUUAUAUGAAUGGGAUUUGAACUUAUUAGAACAGCAUACCAUUAGAAUUUUCUUUUAUUUGGGAAUAGUUAUUAAUUGAGAGGGAAUUGUUUGGUUUGUUAGUAGUUCUGUUAAUUUGUUCACUGUUGGAGUUCGAUAAAUAAAUUGUUAAUUGUUGUUUAUAGAGUGUCAGGUGUUCAUUUCAUUUAACCUGCCCUUUAUAACAGAUUGGGAGGUGAGAUGCCGGUUACACCACUUUUCACACUUCCUUUAACAGAUUAUGAGGCGACUCAAGCUUCUUGGGGUUUUUCAGUUUUAGUUAUUCAGAACCUUUGCUUCAUAACAGAUUGAGGGCUCAAGUCCAAGAGUGCCUGGUUCACAUAUGGGAUGUGAACGGAUUUGGACAGAUGUGAAUUGAUGUGGACAGAUGUGAACAGAUUUGGGGUAUGAAAGUUCCCAACAGAUUUAAACAGACUUGGGGAUUAAAGGUUAAAUCUUUAAAAUAAAACUUAGGUGAGAAGUGGAAAUCAAUUUUGGUUAUUUGUGGUCGGUUAAGUCAAAAUUGGGGGAAAUGGCUCUUAACAUUGCUAAAGAGGCUCUGGGCUUUGAAGAUGCUUCCCAAAUUUGCCAAGAAAGUUUAGAAAGAGCAAAGAAGGAUAUACUUCUGGACUUCUUAAACAGGCUAGAAUUGGGUUUAACUAGGGAUAAGAGGAGAGCUGAAACUGUAACUAGGUUGGUCAAGCACUUAGGUACAUCAGAGAAACAGGCAAGUGCAGUGGAGUUAGAAAAAAAAAUUGAAAAUUAGACAAUUGGUGUUAGGAGAUAAAGAAAAGGAAAGAAGAGCUAGGGCAGAAGAGGAAGAAAUGGAACCGAAAUGGUUAAUUAGGGUUACAAGCAGAAGAAAGAGAAAAAGAGAGACGAGAAAGGGAGAAAGAGAGAGUUUGAAAUUCAAAAGUUGCAAAUUAAAGAAGAAAGUCAAUUUGAAAGGGCAGAAAUAAAGUCAGGAGAUAGGCUUAGUGAGGAGAGUGAUGAUGAGCAAACCCAUCGUAGCCAAAGACCUGAUAGAGAUAUAUACAAAUAUGUUAAAACAUUACCAAAAUUCGAUGAAAAGAUGUAGAAGCCCUUUUCAUUUCCUUUAGCUUAUUUCUCAACCAGAUGAACCAGCCGGAGACUUUGUGGGUAAUAUUAAUUCGGACCAAGUUGGUAGUAGGGCUAGUGAAGUAUUUGCAAUGCUGUCAGAUGAGGUGUCUUGGGAAUAUGAAGUAAAAUAGGCUAUUAUUGAGUGCCUACAAAUGUCUACCAGAAGCAUAUAGACAACACUUCCGAAAUAAGAGGAAGGAAAUAGGUCAGACUUAUGUUGAAUUUGAAAGAAUUAAACAUAGUAACUUAGAUAGAUGAAUGAGAACAUUAAAGAUAGAAAAGACAUAUGAGGAUCUCAAUGAGAGUAUUCUGCUGGACGAGUUCAAAAACUCACUUCCAGAAAUGGUAAGAUCUCAUGUUGAGGAACAGAAAGUUAAAAUAGCAAGAAGCACUGCGGAGAUGACAGAUGAAUCUGUAUUAGUGCAUAAAUUGAAAUCUAGAUUCCAACAUCAAUUUCAUUCCAUUAGGGAUAGAAAUUGGGAAAGAGGGAGAACCUUCAAUGAGAAACAAAAAUUAGAUCGCACUGGGAACAGUUUGCCACAUGCGCAAAAAAAGAAACCCAAGCCAGUGGAAAAGAGAUGGAAGACCUUAGGUGUUUUCACUGCAAUGAGUGGAACACUUAAAGUCAUUGUGCUGGUGGAUUAGGAGAGGCACUGGGACAAAGUUGGUAAAAGAGGCUAAACCAGUGGGAUUAAUUGAGGUAGUGAAGGAAAUCCCAAGAGAAGUCAAGGAGCGUGCAGGAGAGUGCACAGCCUAGUCACAGGCUGUAAGAUAGUAAGAUAGUGCUUAUCAUUUCAAAUACUUCACCUCUGUGGGCAAGGGUUACUCAGGAAGAACAGGGGAGGUGGUAAAGAAGUUACAUAUUGAGGGAUACAGGAACUAGUCAAUCUCUAAAAGUAAGAGAUGAAAAUAUUUGUUCCUUCUGAAAUGUUAUCUGAGAGAGUGAUUGUGGAAUAAAUGGAGAGAGAUUUAGCAUUCCCUUGUGUACAAUAAGGCUGGAAUGUCCAGUCAAGAUGAGGAAGUGAUAGCAGGAGUGCCUGAAAGAGUGUAUAUUCUGGUAAUACAGUUUGUUCUUGGAUAUGACCUAGCCAGAUCAAAGGUGGGAGUGAUGCCUAUUGCAGUAGAGAAGCCAAAAGAAAACCAGGGAACUGAAGAGUUAAAAGAAAAAUACCCUGGAAUUUUUCCAACUGUGUGAUGAAAAGAUGCCAUGGUCAUAAGUUAAAGCAAGAAGUGAAAACUAAAGAGAAAGACGAAGGAGUUGAGGUCCAGUUAGCUGACAUCCUAUUUGAUGAAAUGGUAAAGGAAAAGCCUGAGCAGGCAGAGGAUCCGGCAGAGGUGUUUAAUUCUGAAAGACAAGUGGAGUUACAACAAAAAGACAAGACAAUAGAAGAUUUAUAUCAUAAAGCCUACUUGGAAAAGGAGUCAGAAUGUAUUACAGAAUAUUAUUUAUUUAAGGAUAGAAUCCUAAGGUGGAACAAGACACCUUGGCAGGUUAGUGCAGAGGAGAAAUGGGCAGAAGUUCAUCAGAUUGUGUUGCUGGUAGCAUACAGACAGGAAGUAUUACGGGAAGCACACUAAUUAAGUGUAGGAGGUAAUUAAGUGACUCAGGCUAAGAUACAGAAGCAUUUCUAUUGGCUGGGUUACAUAAGGAUGUGAUUGAAUUUUGCCAUACCUGUCAUAUGUGUCAGAUGGUAGGAAAGCCACAGGCAGUAAUAUAACAGCACCUUUGAUGUCAAUCCCUGCAUUGUUUGGUUUGUUAGUAGUUCUGUUAAUUUGUUCACUGUUAGAGUUAGAUAAAUAAAUUGUUACUUAUUGAUUAUAGAGUGUCAGGAGUUCAUUUCAUUUAACCUGCCCUUUAUAACAGAUUGGGAGGUGACAGAUAGGUUAUACCACUUUUCACACUUCCUUUAACAGAUUAUGAGGCAAGAUGAGCUUCUCUGGGUGUUUAGGUUUUAGUUAUUCAGAGGGGGUUGACCUCUGCUUCAUAACAGAAUCCCUCGGCCAGUUACCUCCUUGGAUCAUUAAAGUCAUUUGACAGAGUAUGAAUGAAUCACUCAAGAAUUUGUCAGGCAAAAAACAAAACUAUAUGGCCUGUGAGGUUUUCCAUUCAACCCUUGGAUGAUACUACUCAAAAUGAAUAAGGGGAAACAAGAAAAUUGCAGGUAAUUUUAAACCAAUAUUUUGUGUCAGUCUUCAUGGUGAAGGACGCUAAUAAACAUCCCAAAGAUACCAAAUGUGCAUUGUGCUAAUGAGAAGAAAGGUCUCUGUCACAAUGGACAAAGUAUUUGACAAACUACUUGGACUAAAGGCAGAAAAGUUGCCAGAACCUGAUGAUCUAUUUCCACGGAAAUUAGAGGAAGUAGCUGUAGAGUGGUGGAGCCAUUGGUGAAACAUGCAAAGAAUUGAAAAAUUGCUAAUGUUAGAUUACUGAGAAUAUUUAAGGAGAGGUUAGAUAGAUUUUUGAAAUAUCUGUGAGCUGAUGGCUGUGCUCAGCUGGCACAAAAGUGGAGUUGAUAGCAGGGCAGAUCAGCCAUGAUCUUGCUGAAUGUUAGGGCAGGCUUGAAGGCUGAAUGGCCUACUCAUACGUCUUAUGCCUUUAUGAACUAUAACGCCCAUUAAGGAGGCUUAUAUUAAAAUUGAGGGUCAUACGUAAUUGACAUACAUUUGUCAAUUCUAUCUUUCUGCAUGAGAUAAUCAUGCAGAUAAAUACAUUGUACUUGAGUGAGUGAUGUAUGAGAUUUCUCGUGGGCAUUCUGGUGCCCUAUAUCCCACAUGUUUGUGAUUUCUGACUUGUUUCCUACAAUGGAUUUUUAUAGACUUGUGUCUGGCUUUGGCUUGUCUUUAUGUACUCAUCAUUAUUGAUUCAUAUUUAAAGGUCUUCCUGCUGUUAUAUCAGGCAUGUAAUUAAUCUAAAUUUUCUCAGCACCUUUAGAUUUCAUUCACUUUGUCCAUUAUAGAUGUUUAUACUUGUACCCACAAAGAACGCAUUUCUGAGGCUACAAGUUUGCAGGAUCAAGGUAGUGACAGCUUUUGAAAUACAUUCCUAAUGCUUUCAAAGUCAAUGAGUUGGAUAUCUAAAACCAACAUCUCUCCAUACCUUACCUUUAGUACGUACUCCCCUGGUGUUAGAAGCCUGUAGUAUUCUCCCAGAGAAUUGGUUUGAAAUGGGAAGAGAUUACUCCUGCCAAAAAUGUUUACAAUUGCUUUGGAAAUAGGAUUUCCUUUAUCAUCCAGAACUCUGCCUUUUAAACCUGGAAGUGUAAGGUGAGGUAAAUUAUCAUUUAGAAAUUACUCCAACGUAGUCAGCUAUUCAACUGACCUCAAGUAAAUAGGUAAGAAUGUAAAGAGACAAUAGGACCCUUGUGGUGCAGGGGUAGUGUCUCUAUCUCAGAGCCAGAAGGCCCAAGUUCAAGUCUGAACUACUCCAAAGGCUUGUCAUAACAUUUCACAACAUGUUGGUUUUAAAAAUCUAUAACAAAACAUCUUUACUUCUAAGCUACAGCUGACACUGCCAAACUUCAACAAAAUGUAAGUGAAAUUAUUUGAUCCUGAAUUGAUAACUUCAUUGACUGUGAAACACUUUGGAACAUCUGGCAAUGUUGUGGAAGGCACUAUAAAAAUGCAUGGUUUUCUUUUCUGACAGAAAUAAUUUAAAAGAUCCCCCAAAUCAGGAUUCAUCUAACACUGCGACUGAUGUCCUAAAAAGCGCUGUGUAGAUUAUUAAAAUUUAGUUGGAUUACUUUAUUGCAAUUUGGUUAAAAAAAUGACAAACCUAAUUAAUAACCAGGCAUUCCUGCGCACUGAUUUCAAAUGCUCUAAUUUAGUUACAACAUCAAUCGCAGCAAUACAAAAUAUUAAGCAAAUUGGAGACCAGCAGCUGUGACUUCCUGUACAGAAGCCAAUAAAGCAUUGCUUCCUAAACAUCAUCCCAUUGUUACCCUGUUUUUGAGGUUUGAAAGUUGACCCCUCAAUGAGCAGAGUGGUGUGACGAGAAGACAUAUGACAGCAGGGUAAACUGGUCAGCUGUUGCUGCCUCAGAGCUCGCAAACCCAAAUUGUCAGCUUGUAGCCUCACUUGGGGUACCAAGUCCCCCGUUAAGAAUACCUGCAACAGGCGCUGGAGUUAAAUCAAAUAUAACGCCUGAACAAUGCUGUUAAAAGCCUCCACUGUCAGUUUUUUUGUGCUGUUCUUUACCCUGUAAAAUAUAAGUCAUACCCAAUGUGUGCUGGUGUAACCUUAAUGUCAAAAUACCAAAUAACUAAGAAUCCAGAAUGGAAUUGACUUCCCUUUGAUGUAAUAAAUUUGACACUAGUACCUGCUGCUUCAUCCUAGAAUCUGAUUUUUAUUAUCUGCCACCUCUGCACCAUAUCCCAGCACAACAGAACCUAAAGUAGGUAUAAUCACAAGUUCAUAAUUGAUAUCCCUUCUUACAGCCUGAAUACUGCACCAAUAGCGGAAAACCCCAAGAUGUAAAUGGACUUGGGCAGAACCAUAAAACAAACUGAAUCAAAUUUUCCAAAUUAUAUAUCUUGUGCUGAUAUUCAGCACUACUAAAAUUAUAACUGAGGUAUCCGUGAGCAGAUACCUGAUGUCAAAUCAAAAAUCACCUACAUUUCUCUAGUUUUGUCCUCCACUGUCAGUGGCUAUCCCUUCAGCUACCUUGGCCCUAAGCUCCAGGAUUCUGCAACUAAACCUCUCUGCCUCUUUACCUCUCUCUCUCAUCUCUUUAAGACUUUCCUUAAAACUUACCUCUUUCACUAAGUCAACUAUUCUCAUAUGUCCUUUGGUGGCUCAGUGUCAAAAAUCUUUGCUAACACUUAUGAAGCAUCAUGGAACAUUUUGUAUUAACUCUGCUACAACUAACAGCAUUAUUGCUUUCAUUCUGGACCACAUCUGUGGGUAGUGCAUUCUACCACAGUUUUUGACCCAUUGAAAGCCAUACAUGAAAAAGUGAGAAUUUUCCAACAAGAAACACUGGCAAAAGGCCAUAAUUCAGAGAACAGAACCUGCAAGCUUUAAGAUGUACAGCGACAUAUACAUAUACCUAAAUGGACUUGCUGGAUAAAGACGAUGAGUGGGACUUUGUUCUGUUCCCAGAAGCGUGGUAGUUGUGCUGCAGGUGGGUACUUGCAACAAGAUAGCUCUAACGUCAGCUCAUAGCACUGGCCCCACACGUAAUUGUAGUCUUGCAUACCACCUAGUGAGAGAUAUUGAAAACUGUCAGACAGAUGUAUCUGGAACUAAGGUGUGCGGAAUCUUCACAUACAAAUUGCUUUGUAAAAUGUAA